GCCCGGCAUGGCCUACGUAGCUGUCAGUAGAGUGACGUCUCUCAGUGGACUGUAUCUUCUUGAUAUGGAGGAGAAAAAAAUAUUCACCAAUCCAGAAAUCACUGCAGCGCUUGAGAACAUGAGACAAGCCAGCCUUGAUGACAUGAUGCCUCUUCUACAUGUGAGACAAACACUGAGCAGGUCAGAGGUUUUCACCAUUGUUCAUCAUAAUACAGAGGGACUGCCAGCUCACAUUAAUGACAUCAAGAGUCACCAUGAAUUGUGUCUAGCAGAUGUUUUGUGCCUAACAGAAACACACCUGCGGGGCUCUUUUGUCGCAGAGAGUCUCCACUUGGAAAAUUACAAUUUGUUCAAACGCAACAGACACCUGUCCUACACAAACUUUCCCCAGAUGGCAAACAGAAGUGGUGGGGGAGUUGCUGUUUAUGUGAAGAGUGACAUUCAAGUGCAUGAAAAACAGUACAUCCAUAAUGUAACUGACCUUGAAUUUCUGGCUUUAAAGGUUGAAGCACCAGUCAGUGCUCUGAUUGCAGUUGUGUACAGACCUCCAGACUACACUCUGAGGCCAUUCCUGAAAAACCUGCCAGAGCGAUGUCUCCAUUCUGGAGUCAUGAAGACCUACUAUAGUUACCAUGACCCUGUAUACUGUGUAUUGUCCUGUGAUGAUUCAUGAUCUAGAUCUUUGACUGCAGUAAGUAAUUUCUAUAUUUUUGAAUGACUUAAGAAAGUAGAGCGAUAUUUAAAAGUUGACUUAAGAAAAAGCGCCCUGCAUUGCAAUAUAAUGUUUGAAUUGUCUACAUAAAAUACAAUUAAAUGAAUUAAGUAAUGAUAUCAGUAAAAGAUGACAAUUUUAUGUAUUACAGAAAAUCUAAAAAUCAGAAAUCUAUGAAUGUCAGAAAAAUCAAAUAUAGCAGUUUAAAACAAACAGUGUAGGCAUAUCCUCUCUGCAGCCAGGCUUCAAAAUCCUGCCAGGCUGCCCCAGUCUCACUGUGGCUGGGAGGGAGGGAGGGUGGACCAGAGGAUUGCCCACACAGCAAAUAAAUAUUCAACAGCUUCUUCAUUGUUUCUGAGAGAACAACACAGACUAAAGGUUGCUUUAAAAAAAAUAAAAAUAAAUAAAAAUAGAAAUCUAAUUACAGCAAUAAUGACAGUUAAGCCAGUUUAUCUGUGCCUCUAUUUUGAAAUAAUAUUUACAAAAAUGUUAUUGAUUUCAGUUUGUUAUAAUCUUUAAACUUUUUCAAAAGUAUAUCAUUAU